AUGGGCGACGCUCGCCAUCUCGAGCCCAUGGGUUCUGAAUUUAGUCAAGAGGAAUUUACAAUUCUUGUCACGGGCUUUGGCCCUUUCCGCGUCCAAUAUCCCGUCAACCCAUCAUGGGAGAUUGCUCGCGGCCUGCCCGCCUACCUGCCGCCUCUGCGCGCCAAGGACCCCCGCGCCCGAUCAUCAUCCAGCGCCGAAGCGACCGCCGCCGCCGGUGCCGACAUGCCGCGCGUGCGCAUUCUCGUGCAUCCAGAGGCCAUUCGCGUCACCUACAAAACCGUGCGCGGGCUGGUGCCGUCCUUUUGGGACGACGCCGCCACCCAGCACGGCGGCCAGCGCAUUGACGCCUGCGUCCACAUUGGCAUGGCCAGCGCCCGCCCGCAGUACGCGCUGGAGCGGCGUGCGCACCGCACCGGCUACCUCAAGCCCGACGUCGCCGGCGAGUUCCUCGAGGACGAGUUGCCGGGCGGGCGCGACGGCGACUGGAUCUGGAGCGGCCUGCCCGACGAGCUCGAGUCGGCGCUGGACAUUCCCAACAUCCAUCUGCGCUGGAAGGAGCUCAGCUCGCCCGACAUGGAUUUGCGCAUCUCGGACGACCCCGGGCGGUACCUCUGCGACUUUAUUUACUACUCGAGCCUGGCGACGCUUCAUAAGCAGCAGCGUCCCGGCAAGGUCUGCUUCCUCCACGUCCCGGCCGACGCCUCCGACGUAGCUGUAGAGCGCGGCCGCGAGCUUGCUGUCAACCUGAUUCGCGCUGUUGCUGAAAGCGAAUUAGCGGACAAGAGACGCGCCGCCAAAUAA